CCCCGCUCUAUCCGCGAAUGUUUGCGUGUUUUCUUCGGGUUUGAAAACCAUAAGUUGUACGUUGCGAGCAUAAACUUACUAAUAAGGAAGUGAAGUGGCGUUCAGAAAUUCAUGGUUUUUGUUAGUGAUCAUCGUAUUCUAGAAACGUUCAAAUCAUGGCAGAUGUCCAACCGAAACUUGGAGUACCCGAAGAUAUGUUGGAGUUAAAAUUAGAUCCUCAACAGAGCAGGUUCGAAAAAUCCUUGGGCUUACUCACCACUCGUUUUGUUUCGUUACUUCAGUCAGCUCCCGAUGGUAUUUUACACCUUAAAGUGGCUGCAGAUGCAUUAGAAGUCAAACAAAAAAGAAGAAUUUAUGACAUUACCAAUGUGCUAGAGGGCAUCGGGCUCAUAGAGAAGAAAAAUAAAAAUAUCAUAAAAUGGAAAGGAUCAGCGCCAGGAUGUAGCACAGGUGACACUCAAGAAAGGCUAAAGAGGUUAAAACAAGAACUCACUUUGCUCGAAAAUUUGGAAGAAAAUGUAGACAAACACAUGCAGUGGGUGCAGCAGAGUAUAAAAAACGUUACGGAAGAUGAAGUCAACAGCAGACUUGCAUAUGUCUGUCAAGAAGAUGUUUGCCAAACUUUUGAUGAUGGUACCUUACUUGCCAUUCAAGCUCCCAACGGUACCUCUCUUGAGGUACCAACUGCCCAACAGAAAGGAGCAGACGGAAAGAAAGAACAUCAAAUCCAUUUAAAGUCUUCAACUGGCGAACCAAUCAACGUUUUGCUCGUUAGUGAAGGACUUGAGGAAGCCACAACUGUACAUCACACAGAAUCUCCAGAAUCCAGCAAGGAUGCUCAGAACAAGGAUAGGAGUAGUUCCAGCAAAAAAAUGAAACUGGAUUCCAACUUGCCUGAUGAAACCUCAGAUUCUGCUGUAGAUUCCUGCUUGGGUUCUCUCGUGCGAUUUAGUCCUCCCCCUGGAGAUAAAGAUUAUUAUUUCAAUUUGCUAGAAUCGGAAGGAUUGUGUGAUCUAUUUGAUAUUCCAGUCAAAGCAAAAGCAAAGUCAAAAUGAGUUAAAUGUGAUUCUUCAGCAAGCCAGUGAUUCAGAUAUUAAGUUUGCAAUGAGACGGAAUUCCACGGGUUUGCUGAGCUGGUGAAUGAUCUCCUCAGAAUUUACCCGAGCAGUUUUCUGUGUUAUUGACCCUUCUCCUGAUUUUUAUUACUGGAAGACUCUCUCAUUUAGAGGUCAUUACGUCUGUUAAAAAUAGGUUAGGAAUACAUCCUUUACUUCUCUCGGUUAUUGAUAAAUUUGAAAAACCUGUAAAUUUGUAAAUUACUCAUUUGCCUGGAUGCGUUGUUCAGAAUCUUCGGUAUUAUCUGAGUGAGGACUGUGCAGAAAAAUCCUCUCUCAGGUGAUAAAAAUAUCAGUUUACUUUAUUUUAUGAAUUAUUUUUAAAUUACCAUCUUGCCUAAACAAAUGUAGCAAGUUAUUCCCUGGAAAUGAGACCUAGCUUGUAAUCAGCGUUGCUAGGCGGAUAGGAUUUCUGCACCAUAUGUGAAUCAGGUUCGGUCUUGUUACAGAUGUGUGGGAAAUACAAAUUUCUGUGUUCGUCCCAUAUAUUUGGCAACACUGCCUCUAACUGGCUCUGAAUCAGAUGUUUUCUGCAAUAAUUUCUAAAAGCUGAGGAAAUACUCAGGAGGUAACAGAAUACAGAAUUGGUUAAGGGAACUGGGGAAAGUACCACGGAAGUUCCAAGUUCACCCAAUGAAAAGCGAAUUUGUCGGUAUUUUGGUCGGUGACUUGAGAAAGGGAUGAAGCAUAACUAUGGUGAAACUCCCAAACCACGUGUCUUGGUUUGCGAUGUAGCAGACCUCCUGUCACACUUCAUUUUUCAAAUGAAGAACUAUUCAUUGUCACUUCUUUCUUUGAUUUUUCUCUGCUGAAGAAGAAAACGUCUGAUAAAAGUUCAAGAAAUGGCGUUGAUUUGUUCUUCUUCACAGAAUUAAUAUGGAAGGGGAGAUUUUUAAACAUCGUAAACGAGAUACGUCAUUUAGGAGCCUUUUAUUGAUAAGGAAUUAGCGAAAAGGACAAGCUCUGCUUUAAAUAAGACAGUGUCCUUCUCAAAAAAGAAGUAUCCUCAGGAAUUAUGCAGGUUUUUUCUAAAAUUGAAUCUCUUAGUUCGACAGAGACCUAUCUCAAGAAAAUGUUGUCAGGAUAAAAACUGAGUAACAGCCACAAAUAUAGUGCUUCUACGCAAAAAAUGAACAUUGUAAAAAUUCCGAGUUGGAUCCUCUUCGAAUUGAGAGAUUCAAUUGAAUCGAUUUAGGAACACAGGGAAUUUUUCGUUUCAAAUGUCUCUGAGGUCCUGUAAAAAAACUUCCAAGUUUUUCCUCGUUGCGAAGUUAAAGAGGUAGGGUUCAUGAUGCCAAAAUUCGUGAGGAACCUCGAAUACUAGGAAAUUAUAAUGGAGACACUUUGAAGUCACUGAAUUGUUUGUUUCUUACUAUUCUAGAGAUCAUUCUUUUUCCGCGUUUGUAACGGAGACUGCUGAAGUAUCAAACAGCAUUGUCUGCACAUCUUAUGUUGCCCCGUUUUGAACAUAGAUGUAGCAGAAAAGAAAGGUAUAGGAAGAAAAAAUAUAAUCCAUGAGAUUAGACCAGUUGACCAUUAGCCCUUUUGAAUGCCAGAGAAUUUCUUCAUCAGUCUCAGAGUAUCCCUAAAAAUUUCUUCCAAAACCCUUGAUUCUGGGUUUUCAAAAGCUGUCAACAACCCUACCCAACGACUGUAAAUUACCAAAAAAUUCCAAAUUUUUAGGCAAAUCUUCAAAAUUUUAAGAAGAAUACUAAAGCUUUUUUCUAACUUUCUUAGCUUUUCCAAAGGCGACCCAUUUCUCAGGAUGUUGUGAUUUUGUCAUCCUUAAUGUUAAAUUUAAUCAGGGGAAGAAAAUUAAUUUUCCAAAAUAUUCUAACAAAAUUUUGAUUUGGAUUGCAAAAUUCUUCUUUCUGAAAUGCGUUUUAAUACCGCAGGCAAAAUCACUCAAUCAUCAGUAACACCUAAAUAUGUUAGCGCUUUGUGUUAUUUCAAGAAAAAACCAGUUUGUUGGUGAAAUCUUAUCCAAAAUUUUAAACUCUCAUUAGCCCCUGUAAAUACUUCCAAAAGAGAGUGAUGGAAGGAACAGACAUUGCAUUCCGACUCAAUGUUAUCCUCAAUUCUAGAAUGUUGCCCCCUGAGUGAUACAACAAGCCUUAAAAAAUUAUUCUUUUUGGACUGAUCAUGAUAGCAUAAAUUAUAUACUUUUUUCUAAGAUUUUUUUUUUUGGUUAUCAGAAUUGUUUGCACAAAAAACCAUCAUUUUUUAUUUUUUUUAUUAAUUUUUUGUCUUCUGUAAGCAAUUGUAUGAGGACUUAUUUUUGAAUGUCUAGGGUAAAAACGACCUUGGUUCCUGGAAGUGUUUGCAGCAGUGACUUUUGAUGUUAGGUCGAAAAAUUGGAUUUUAAGUACACGACAGACUAAGCACCUGAGUGUCCUGAAAAAUAAGUUUAGAGCGGUUAAUCAUAUGUAUUUGCUUGCAGAAUGCAUGCUGAGAUAAGAUGCAGGCCAAUUUGGACUUGUAAAAUCGGCACUUAAAAUGCAACCCAAACACGUUAAGUUGUUCAUUUUAGUGUCGAGGGAAACUUAGAAUCGCAUUUGAUAAUUUUGCGCCUUGAGCAUAAUAGAUUAGAAUUUAUUACAGCUUUUUCUGUAAGCUACCUUUGUGAGUUGCAAAUGUAACACCACCGUAAGCCCAGUUUGAUUUGACUUUUUUGUCCUAAAAGGUCUGUAAAACAUUCCUGUAUGCUCUUGUAUCCGUAACUCGAAUUUGAGUUGCGUUUUGAGGCCCGUUUUCCCCCUGACAGUUACCUACAUAUUGUCAUUUUUCAUUACUCUGCUUUGAAACAUUAACAAGUAACAAUUAUAAGUAAUUAUGAGAAGAAGAUACAGUGAAUGUCUGUUCCAAUGAAACUGGUCUUUUCAAGUUUUCACAGAGUCAUUUUGUCGCUCAAGGGCAUAUCUACAGUUCACAAAUGAAAGCAGAGUUGUGUCUUUACCAGCAAGGGUUAUUACUUCUAAGGUUGCAGUGAGAGAGAUGUAAAAGUAUAGGAUGAGUCUGUAAGAAGCCGUGUCUCUACUGUAGCUUCAUAAAAGUUUUGAAGUGCAGAUAUCAGUCAAGUUGGAAGGGAAAAUUUCGUUCUUCGAAGAGAGUUUUUUAACCUCAGCUUCGUCUAGAAAGUGGAUUCUGACAAUAUUGAGACAGCGUAUUCUUUUAUGACAAGGCUUUUUCAACUUUGUAAAUCCAUAAAAUAUCCCCGAUCUCUUUUCAUCUUUAUUUGUGGUGCAAAAAUUAGUUUCUCAAAUUGGUACCGAUUCAUUUGUACUCAGUGUUCCUCCCUCCCUGAGUGCCAUGCGCCUCAAAAUCAAACUUCGGUGCAUAUAAAUAGGGGGGGGGGGGGGCUAUCCUUGUGCCUGAGAAAGUUGACAAUUUUUUAAACUUGCAAUGCAGCAGUAGCGUGACGCGUAUAAGUUACCUGUGCUCAUAAAUAAUUGUAAAUGGCUUAUACUAUUUGAACUUGUGGGCCAAAGUGGCUCCUAAUAUUUAAGAGGAAAAGCAGAACACGGUUUGCUCUUUUUGAUCUCAUCAUUGAAGCUUAGUUUAGAAUUCACACUCCUUUCAUGUUCUCAACAACUCAGGCUCCCAAUUUGAUGAGCAUGAAAUCUGGCUAUCUAGGGAAAAAAAGAUCAUCGUCUAUGGAAGCAAAAUUUUCAACUGAGUACUUUUAUUGAUAUGGGUUGAACACUUCGUUUGAGAUGCCGAUCUUUGGAAUUUCUCACCCUAAUCACAACAGAUCUGAAUUGUAAAUACAUAGUUUUUUUUCCAAAACUUUGUUUUUGGCCUGAAAACUUCAAGGAGCUACAACUCUGGUUUAAUUAGACACAUGUUUCCUCACAUUGGUAGCACACUGUUAUGUUGUGGUAUCGACAACUAAAUCGUGAGUGUUUGUGGAUAAAGGUCCCUCUUCCUGUAGGCACUCAUGAAUCUGGCCAAUUUUUUAUUUUAAAUGUUUCCUAAUUUUUUAGUCUGAUCUUGUUUGGUUGAAAGUAAGGAGUACCAAGUUGAACUAAUGGAUUGAUAAAUCAAAGAUCUGGCGAAGGGGCUAUUCAUAAAAUACGAAACGCUGAAAAUCCGAUUUUUUUUCCUACACUAGCACCCGCAACACAGUUUUACACCCCCGAACCAAAAAUAAGUAACGCUUCAUUUGACACCCCUUUUUCCUAACUUACUGCUUUAAAUUUACCAACUUACAGCGAUGUUUCAUAAAUUUUGGAAAAAUUUGUUCUUUGUCCCUACUCUAAUGUUUCAUCAAGCAGGCUCAGACCCCUCACUCUCUCUUUAAAUUGUUACGCACUUUAUUUACAGGCCCUGAAUUAAUUAAUAAUUCAUAACUAAAUAUUCUAAAUAUUACUGUGUGAUGGUAUGACAAAGUUUUUACCUAUUCUACCUACAUUUAACCUAAUUCAGGAGAACAUGUCAAGACCAGACUAUUAACUCUGUACGUCCGCUUUGAAAGUUCUAAGACUCAACUUUUGAAAAGUUUGAUUUCCUUUCAUUAAUUUCCUCCGCCACGAAAGUUUAGAAAUAGCUUUGAGAUAUUCUUAACCCACGAGCUGUUUUAUAAUAAUUGCUAAAUUCUGUCGGAUUAAUAAUUAUACAUUUUGGUUGAUUAGUAUUUUAAAGUUUAUAAGUGAAUAUUGUUUGUAUCUUUAACACAGCCUGAUCAGGGAUGAAAUAAAUUAUUUUGAAAUGAC